AUGAAUACCUCUAAAGAAUCAAUCGAGUCAAAGAUCAAGGAGUUUAACAAUUUGUUUUCUAAAGAGGUUAAGAAACUUGAUAUGUUUUAUAAAGGUACUAAAGAUAAGGUUGAAGUGCUUUUGGGUGCAACACAAACUAUUAUUGAAGAUGUGUAUUCUUUCAACAAGGAUUAUGCUGGUGUGUUAAGAGAAAAGAAAGAAGCUGAUAGUCAGGUGUUUUCCAAGAUUGAACAUUCUCUUACUAGAUUUCAGGAGUCUUUAUCAAAGUUUGAUUUUACAUCAAAAGAUUUGAUUUUCCAUGAUCAAAUAUCUUCAAUGGUUUCCUCUGUGGAGUCAUGGUUCAAGAUAGGCCUUUCACGUAUUUUGGACUUAGUCCUUUGUUUACUAACCAAUGCUCCACGUCCAGUUACAAACAUCUCAUAA